AUGGUUCAAGAUGAAGUUGUUCAUUUAGAUAAUGUUAUAUAUCUGAAUGGAUCAGCAGGUUCUGGGAAAUCAACGUUGCUAAAUGUGUUGAUGAAAAAUAUAGGGUAUAAAUCAAUCAUAUGUACAUCUGCUACAGGUUCAGCUUCUAAUGUCUUAAUUGGAGGUGGAACACUUCACUCAACAUUUAAAAUUCCAACAGAUGAGGAUAGUUUUAUUGAAGUAUUCAAUUGUUUAAAGAGGAAAAGUUUGAAUUUAAAGAUGUAUCGACAUUUAAAGGAUAAAAAGCUAUUAAUAAUUGAUGAAAUAUCAAUGGUAGAAAAUAAAAUUUUAGAUUUUAUUGAUUUAUUGUUAAGAAAAUUAAGAAAUAACGAAGGUGAAAUGUUUGGAGGUAUAUGCACUAUUUUAUGUGGUGAUUUUAAACAGCUUCUUCCUGUGAUCCAAAAUGCUGACCCGGCAUUAAUUGCAAAUUCUGCUAUUGCUAAUAAAGAUUUUUUCCGUUCAAUCGAUAAAUUUUAUUUGUCGAAAAAUGUUAGAUUAAGAUCGUAUGGUAAUAAUGUUGAAGAUAAUAAAAAUAGAGAUGAAUUUCUUGAAUUUUUGGAGCAGAUUAGAAAAACUAAAGUAAAACAUGUGGAAGUUCCUAAAUUUUUAAAAUAUGUUGUUGAUGAUGAUCUGGAAAUGAUUAGAAAAAUGUUCCCAAAAGAUAUAUUGACCAGUGAUAAUUUUUUCGGUGAAAAUAUGAAUGAAUCAAGUGUUAUGAGAAUAAACAACUUAAAAAAUAUUUUGAAUUAUUUCUCGGAUAGUAGAAUUAUUGCAAAUAGAAUUGAAAACGUUGCAAGGUUUAAUGAGAAAAGCAUGAAAUAUUAUUGUGAAGAGAUAUCUAAACAACAAAUUUUCAUUAUGGAGUAUGAUGAUUAUCUAUUUGAAAAAUUUGAAGCAAUAACAUAUGAGAUUGAUAGUGUUACAAAAGAAAAAAGUAAAAAACGAACUCAAAAUGUGUCUAAAUAUAGAAUUCCAAGGUUUAUUCAAAUUUCAAAAUAUUGUCCCUUAUUAGUUAAUAUGAAUUUAAAUAAAUCCCAAAAAUUAACUAAUGGGGUAAUUGUUUUGGUGCUAGAUUUUAAUAUGUCUAGGAAAGAAUUAAAAGUUGGUUAUUUUGAUUUGAAUGGGAAUUUUAAAGAAUUUUAUAUUGGGGUGGUAGGAUUCAUUGAUAUGAUGGUGGUAGCUCCUAAAAGUUUAAUCCGAUAUGGAUUUCCAUGUUCAUUAGGAUUUGCAUCUACUGUUCAUAAAAGUCAAGGACAAUCUGUAACAAAUCUAGGUAUUGAUAUUCGUGAUGAGGUAUUUGGUCAUGGUCAGUUAUAUGUUGCAUUUAGUAGAGCAAGAGAUUUCAAAAAAGUUCUUUUAAUGAAAUCAAGUGAAGACCAAAUUGAGAUUACAAAUAUAAAUUAUGAGGAACUUGAAUAUACAGAUUCAAAUGAAACUAUUAUUAUAGAUGAAAAUCAAAAUACCUGA